AUGGGUCCAUCUUCUUUCACAGAGAAUGGGCCCCUGAAUGUUAUGCUUGAGGCAGAAACGAAUUUAAAUCGUAAUAUCACCUUCGAGGAAAGUCUAGCCACAAAACAAGAGUUAAUUCAGACAUACUUUGAAGUGAGCAGCGGCUUCUUCGACCUCUUCGACAAAGAGGACAUAUUGAAACUUCUCCAUAUCGAAGUCUCUUCGUCGGGAAGAAGAAUAAACCGCGAAGAAAUAGCAGUGCUGUAUCUUGUAAUAGCUAUAGGAGGUCAGUGCCGCGGAUCAAAUAUCUCUGAUUUUCAAUAUGCUACAAAAUAUUUUUCCAUGGGCCAGCAAUAUGCUUUCGAGGGCAUGCUUAGAGAUCCUAGCAUUAAUAUGCUCCGUGCAUUUCUCCUCAUGGCGUUUUAUAUGCUUGGAGCAUGUCAUCGAAAUGCGGCAUAUAUGUACCUGGGUGUCGCUUCGAAGGCGGCAGCAGCUCUAGGGUUGCAUAUAGGAACGCAGGCCCAAGGAUUGUCAACCGACGAAUCAAAGACCCGCUGCCGAACAUACAAGUCGCUACGAGUUUUUGAUCUUGUGGUUAGCUUCCUACUUGGGCGGCCUGCUAGUUCAGUACCUUCAAAUUAUGAUGACAUGACACGAAGAGAACCGUCAAAUCCUCAUGGCAUCGCAGUUUCGGCUGCAUAUAACGGAUCUGUGUUGCUUGAAGGCAUCGUCCAAGAUUUAAAGAAAGUCAACAACAGUUUCAAUAUCACGACAGCUGAAGCAUUCCUUCGGCGUUUACGACAUUGGAUUCAAGGCUUACCUCAUGACUUCCGGCAAAUAUCCUUCGAUGAUGAGCUACAAGUGACUCGUGAAACAGCUGUUGGGAAUAUCCAUGUCAGCUGUAUAUACUAUUUUGCAGUUAUUUUGACGACCCGUUCAUUUCUGAUAUCGCAUUUGAUGUCUCGAUUAAAAGAGUCGUCUAUCAUCAUCCCAGAACCUACAUCUCCCACUACGACUGGAACACAACGUGCGAGUCCUCAAUUCGCUCACGUAUGUAUUAGUGCGGCUACUUAUAUGGCAAACAUGUGCGAGAAAGCCAUGUUAUCAGGACUCCUCUUGAAAAACAUGUGCAUAAUGAAAGCUUGGGUUUUCGCGGCCGGUUUAAUUCUUGGAUUCUCACUCUUUGCAUACGACGAUGUGGAUUCCCGCAAUGAAACUGAAGCAGCAUUCGAGAGUGCGAGACACGUCCUCCGGAAUCUUGCGAAUCUCAGCCCUCAAGCUAAGCAAUACGAUGAAAUACUGACAUCUUUUGCCGAGGCUAUCGUCAAACAUCGGCAGCAAACUUCAUCUGCGAGGCAGAAAAUUGCAGAUAGGUACAUCGAUUGUGUUCUAGAUAUUGGGAUGACCACUAUCAUGGAGCCGCAGCAUAAUCGUCAGGGACGAUCCAUUGAUGGAGGAGAUUAUUCCGGUACAUGGGAGCAAAUACCGCAGGCGAACACACAAAUAUCUCGGCCAUCAACGUCUGCAUCGGGUGUAGGGGAUAAUAAUAUGGGAAGAGUAGAUGAGUCAGAUUCAGAUAUUGCAGUUGGUGUUGAUCUCGAUGGUUUUAGUGUAUUGCCUUUUGAUGAUGGUGGAGGUUUUUCGAUUGACUACGAGCCGUUCGGGUUGCUGCUUGAUGGAAUUUGA